UCACUAGAGAUCACCCUUGGAAUUGUCCAAUUGGAUUUGUUUACCUUUCGCCCGUUUAAGAAUUUCUUUUCGGUGGUUUUUCGCGUGGUAAAGUGGCUGUUUUGAUUGAAUUGAUUGUGCGAAGGAUUGAGACGGAGCGACCGUAGUUUUGCCGGAGGUGGACCCGGAAGUGAGGUAGAGGGAAGGAAGAACGAAGGAAGGAAAGGUUGAAAACGAACAACGAUUCACAACGAUAUUUUCCUACGGGCGAAGGCGGUGAUAAAAGCGCAACAUUCAACAAAUUCCCCAUGCUGGCCAUGUAGUACAGUGAACUAUCCAUAACAGCAACGACCUAACGAACAGCAACACCGAGGUGCCCUUAGACAAUCUAUUCGUACAAGAGAAACACCAAACUCAACUAACAACAAAUUGAAAUUGAUAACUGCCGAUUUUUGAACUGACAAUAAAACUAAGCGAAACAGCAACAACAAGGAACCAAAACCACAUACCAAAAAAAAAACAAAGAUAACAACCAACCAAUCACGGGAUUUGAACGUAGUGAAAGAUACAUCAACACAGGAAACACAGAAAAACAAAGAAAAAAUGGGACGCAAGGUGACCGUAGCGGUGUCCACAUUGAAUCAAUGGGCAUUGGACUUUGAGGGUAACAUGGUGAGGAUACUGCAGUCCAUUCUGGAGGCCAAGGACAUGGGCGCCAGCUAUCGCACGGGACCGGAGCUGGAAGUUUGUGGCUACAGCUGCGAGGACCACUUUCGUGAGCCGGACACAUUCCUGCACUCGUGGGAAGUGCUGCUGGAGGUGAUGAUGUCGCCCAUGUGUGAAAAUAUGCUGGUGGACGUGGGCAUGCCGGUGAUGCAUCGCAAUGUGGCCUACAAUUGUCGGGUGGCGUUCUUUAAUCGCCAGAUUCUGCUCAUCCGGCCCAAGAUGGCCAUGUGCGACGAUGGCAAUUAUAGGGAGUCGCGAUGGUUUACCGCCUGGACGAAAGCCCUACAAACGGAGGAGUAUGUGCUGCCGCGAAUGAUUGCCCAGCAUACGGGUCAGCAGACGGUUCCCUUUGGCGAUGCAGUGAUAGCCACGAGGGAUACCUGUUUGGGCUACGAGAUCUGCGAAGAGCUGUGGAAUGUGCGCAGCAAGCACAUCGAGAUGUCGUUGGCCGGUGUGGAGCUGAUAGUGAACAGCUCCGGCAGCUAUAUGGAAUUGCGAAAGGCGCAUAUCACCAGCGAUCUCAUUCGGAAUGCCAGCUUCAAGGCCGGCGGAGCCUAUCUCUUUAGCAAUCUUCGAGGUUGCGAUGGUCAGCGAGUGUACUUCAAUGGUUGCUCGGCCAUAGCCUUGAAUGGUGAGAUCCUGGCGCGCAGUCAGCAGUUCGCACUGCAGGAUGUGGAGGUCACGCUGGCCACCAUCGAUCUGGAGGAGAUACGUGCCUAUCGUGUUAGCCUGAGAUCACGCUGCACGGCUGCUGCAUCGGCAGCGGAGUAUCCAAGGAUCCAUUGUGACUUUGAGAUGUCCACGCACAGUGACAUAUUCAAGACGUCGACGCCUCCUCUGAAUUGGCCAAUGCACACGCCUGAGGAGGAGAUUGCCCUGGGACCGGCCUGUUGGCUAUGGGAUUAUCUGAGGAGAUCCGGUCAAGGGGGAUUUUUCCUGCCCCUAAGCGGUGGUGUCGAUUCGAGUAGCUCGGCCACAAUAGUGCACUCCAUGUGCCGGCAAAUCGUGCAGGCUGUCCAGCAAGGCGACGCCCAGGUGCUUCACGAUAUCCGACAGCUUCUGGCCGACUCGGACUAUACACCGGAUAAUGCCGCCGGAUUGUGCAAUCGAUUGCUGGUCACCUGCUAUAUGGGCAGUGUUAAUAGCAGCAAGGAAACCCGUCGACGGGCAGCCCAAUUGGCCAAUCAACUGGGCAGUUACCACAUCGAGAUUAGCAUUGAUUCGGCGGUGAAUGCACUAUUGAGCAUAUUCAAUGCCGUCACUGGUUUAACGCCACGUUUCCGUACCCAGGGUGGAUGUGCUCGACAGAAUCUGGCAUUGCAGAAUAUGCAAUCGAGGAUACGCAUGGUCCUGGCCUACAUCUUUGCCCAGUUGACGUUGUGGGUAAGAAACAGGCCCGGUGGCUUGCUCGUCCUGGGCUCGGCCAAUGUGGAUGAAUCGCUGCGCGGUUAUCUCACCAAAUAUGACUGCUCCUCGGCGGACAUUAAUCCUAUUGGUGGGAUCUCCAAAAUGGAUCUACGCAGGUUUCUGACCUAUGCCAAGGAUAAAUUCAACCUGCCCGUGUUGGAGUCCAUUAUCGAUGCCCCGCCCACCGCCGAGCUGGAACCGCUGCAGGAGAACGGGGAGCUGCAGCAGACGGACGAGGCGGACAUGGGAAUGACCUAUGCGGAGCUCUCCCAGUUCGGUCGCCUGCGCAAACAGUCAUUUUGCGGACCCUACAGCAUGUUUUGCCACCUUGUUGCCACCUGGAAGAGCGACCUUAGUCCCAAGGAGGUGGCCGAAAAGGUGAAGCACUUCUUCCUUUGCUACGCCAUUAAUCGGCACAAGAUGACCGUACUGACGCCGUCAGUGCACGCGGAGAGCUACAGUCCCGAUGAUAAUCGGUUCGAUCAUCGCCCCUUCUUGUAUCGACCCAACUGGAGCUGGCAGUUCAAGGCCAUUGACGACGAGGCGGAGAAACUGCAACCGAUCUACACACCAUCUUCGGCUCAAUUGCGCCCCAGCAGCGAGGACCUGUUGAUCUCCACACAGAGAUCCUCCCACCUGGACGACUCCAAGCAUUCGUCUCCGUUGUCCUCGGCCUCGGCGUCCGCAUCGAUUGACGUGGGCAUUUCAACGGCAGCGGUUCCGUUGCCCGGUGCAGCUGCCCCAGGCGGUCUCUCCAAGAAGCCCAGUGGUUACUCAAAGGUGCACGUCAAUGUGCUUGGCAAGAUCAAGGAUCGCACCGGUAUUCCCGUCUAGGAACGCGAUACUCGCAACGCACUGGAUUUAUAUAUAUUAUAUACAGCAUUUUUUUUUAGCACAGCUUAAUGACCUUUUGCUGCCACUUGAAAUUUGUUGCAAUUAGGUAUCGGCUAUCUUUUGCAACUAUGUGCCUUCUAUUGCUCGUAAAAGUGUUUCCUUAAAAAUAUCAGUCCUGUUCUAGUUACAUAUAUGGUCAUUAAAUAAAUUUACCUACAAAGAAAAUCCUAAACUUAAUUAGUAUGUGCUUAUCCGUUUAAUUGUUGAUAGUUUUAUACAAACCUUUGUAAUUUACAUGAUAUUUCUGUUUAAUCUGUUUAAAAUGCAAUCUAUAACUGCUAUUAAGACUACUAUUACAAAUUUGUCAUAUCUAGCAAUUGGGAGUAUGAAUAGUAGCUUUACUAUGCGGCAGCAAAAGGCAUUAUCCUGUACGUAUACAGAAUUGGAAUGAAUACAUAUGCGUAGGCCUAGGCGUAGAGAUUCAUAUUUUGUUCAGAUCCUUUUCUAGGUAGUCAGCCUUUGUAGAGUCCUUUGCAGUUUGCCUUAUCUAAAAGUGAUUAAUCUUGUCUAAUGCUCAAGCUAAACUAACUGGACAAACAGUUCGUCCGCCUGUCCAAACAAUUUGUACAACAAUCUUAUUAAAGUAUCAAUUAGGCGAUCCUUCAUCCACACAUAUAAUCGUAUAAAUCAUCUGAAUUUACAUAUUAAAGAUAUUACUUGUUGUGUUAUUGGUUGUGUACGGUGCGGCUUAAACUGACAUUAAUAAACUGAUUGUUUUACCUGAUUUUUUAAGACAUCAAAUUAUUUAUAAUGAUCAAAUAUAUACACACCGUAUUUAAAAAUUAUCAAUUAUAUGUAACCCAAUUGGGGGAAAAAAUACUUUAAUGUUUUAAUGUUCCAAAAGUUGCACUUUUAAAAACGCACUGUAUGUUUAUUAAUAAGAUGAAUUUGUUGAUCAUAAGACAAUUUCUCAAUCCUAAUGCAAACCAUAUUAUACAAAACCAAUUAGGAAGGUCAAUUAUACACAUAUGUUGUGGGCAAUUUAAGCCCGAGAAAAACAUUACAACUAUUCGCUUAAAAUUUCCUAUAAGCAUCUAAACCAUUUGAAAAAAAAUUCUAGCAAAAACUUACUAUAGCUAAACUUUUGUUGAUUUAACAUAUUGCACCCAUAAGAGCAAUUCAAAUUGUAUUUCCUUUCUGAAUUGUAAAUUAUAUUUUAUGUAUGAACGUAAGACCAAUGUAGCUAAUGCUAAUUCCCAAUCUUUGAAAACACUUCCUUGGGAAAUGGGCAUUACUUUUUUUUUUUGUUCUUUUUUGUUGGUAGUCAAGCAUGUAGAUUUAUAGCACAUUGUGAAUUUGAACACUCGCAUCAGAUCGAUUUAAUGGAACACUGAUUAUACACUUCUGUAGAAGGAAAUAUAUAUACACC